UCCGUCUUCAAUCAUACAUCUGCACAUUCUGCAUUAUAUUCACCAGACACUCAAAAACUAACUUACCAACGAAAUMACCAUGCAAUUUCAAGCAUCAUUCGCUCUGCUCGCCAUGGUCGUGUGCCUAGUCGCCGCCGAAACUAAGACGUCGCCAUCAUCGGCUCAAUCARACACCAACCGGAACAAACGGACGGUGAUCGUCCCGCUGGCAACCUCACCAUAUGUGGCCGCAACAUACGCCGCCGCCUCGCCUUACGUAGCCGCAUCGCCUUACGUGGCCGCGUCACCUUACGUGGCCGCACGAUACGCAGCCAGCCCUUACGUYGCCGCGCCAUAUGCUGCAGUAGCUUCGCSGUACGUCUCUGCUUACUCGACCUACCCGUACGUGGCCAAGACCUUGGCUUCCCCRUACACAGCUGCUUACUACCCAUGAAUGAACCGUCAGUCCAGCCACCGAAUCUAUAUACCUAUAUUAAAACGUUUAAUUGACUUUGAUAAGAGUACCUAUUUAUUAUUAUUAAAUAUAUAAAA